UGGGUUGUUUGCUUUGCUCAGUAAACCGAAAUUUAGUCAAAUACCCGUAUUUAAGUAAUUUCCACAGUCUUGAAUCAUGUCCGUGUUUUUGUAUUCACACCAGUCUGUUGCGCCGUCCAAUAUAUUUCUUUUUACCGGAUUUUGUUUCCCAGCCGCUAUUGUCCCCCCUGCCCUUCGUCGUGUUGGUUCGGUCCAAUCCUUCUCCGUCAGUUUCAAGUUGCGCCUUCUCCCUCUGCUGUUCGCCUCGGUGCUUGGCCCCCAGAAUGCAUUAUUAACGAACGGAUGGGGAUUUUUAACGUGGAAAAACGUCACGUACGCUCGGAAAUGCGCGCGUGCUGAGCAGAAAAGGAUCUAAAGGAUCUAGAAUAAGAAUGCUCGACGGUGGGAGUUAGAGCCAUUCAUCGGGGGUGGGGGGGUGGGGGGAGGCUGUUUCAGGGCAGGGGGUUGGACCCAGAGUCCCCUGCCUCACGGGGGGGCCACCACAGACCUGAGUCUGGACCAUGGGGGAUGGAGGCGCCUGUGCAGGUGGAGGAGUCGGGGUGAACAAAUCCCACGCCCUGUUCGACAACUUCGUCCAGGCGUCCACGUGUAAAGGCACGCUGAAGGCCUUCCAGGAGCUGUGUGAACAUCUGGAAGUCAAGCCCACCGAGCACAGGGUCUUCUACCACAAGCUCAAGUCCAAACUCAACUACUGGAAGGCCAAAGCGCUCUGGACGAAGCUAGACAAGCGGGCCACCCAAAAGGAGUACAAGAAAGGACGUGCAUGUGCCAACACAAAGUGUCUGAUCAUCGGGGCGGGGCCAUGCGGCUUACGUACCGCCAUCGAACUGGCUUUUUUGGGAGCCAGAGUGGUGCUUCUGGAGAAGAGGGACGCCUUCUCCAGAAACAACGUGCUGCACCUUUGGCCCUUCACCAUCCAAGACCUCAGGGGCCUCGGGGCCAAAAAAUUCUACGGGAAGUUCUGCGCCGGUGCUAUCGAUCAUAUCAGUAUUCGUCAGCUUCAGUUGAUACUGCUGAAAGUGGCUCUCCUGCUGGGCAUCGAGAUCCACGUCAACAUAGAGUUCAAGGGUCUCAUCGAACCCCCCGAAGACCAAGAGGGUGAAAGGAUAGGCUGGAGGGCCGAGGUCCACCCCAGGACACACCCCGUCAGCGAGCUGGAGUUUGAUGUCAUCAUUGGAGCAGAUGGGAGGAGGAACACGCUACCAGGGUUUCGCCGCAAAGAGUUCAGGGGCAAACUCGCCAUCGCCAUCACCGCUAACUUCAUCAACAGGAACACAACAGCGGAGGCCAAGGUUGAGGAGAUCAGCGGCGUGGCCUUCAUCUUCAAUCAGAAGUUCUUCCAAGACCUCAGAGAAGCCACAGGUAUUGACCUGGAAAACAUCGUCUACUACAAGGACGACACGCAUUACUUCGUGAUGACUGCCAAAAAACAAAGCCUGCUGGAGAAGGGAGUCAUUUUGCAUGAUUAUGCCGACACAGAGCUUCUGCUGUCCAGAGCCAACGUCGACCAGGCCGCCUUGCUGUCUUACGCCCGUGAGGCGGCAGAUUUCUCCACCAACCAUCAGCUGCCUACGCUGGACUUUGCCAUCAACCAUUACGGCCAGCCGGAUGUCGCCAUGUUCGACUUCACCUGCAUGUACGCGUCGGAAAACGCCGCCAUGGUGCGGCAGCGCAACGGCCACAAGCUGCUGGUGGCGUUGGUGGGCGACAGCCUCUUAGAGCCGUUCUGGCCCAUGGGCACCGGCAUCGCCCGCGGUUUCCUGGCAGCCAUGGAUUCCGCCUGGAUGGCGAGGAGCUGGGCGCAGGGAAAAAGUCCUCUAGAGGUUCUGGCUGAGAGGGAGAGCAUUUACCGACUUCUGCCGCAGACCACGCCAGAGAACGUCAGCAAAAACUUCAGCCAUUACAGUUUGGAUCCCACCACACGCUACCCCAACGUCAGCCUCAACUUCCUCAAGCCCAGCCAGGUGCGGCACCUCGUCAACACGGGCGAGGAAAUCCCCAGGGAGAUCCGCAUCGAAAUCGAGAACGUCAUCAACUCGUCAACGCCCAAGCUGUCCCGCAACGACGAUUACCUGCUUGACGAGGAGUCGCAAGAGUCCAUCGCUCGGUCCAGUAAGCUGCUGAACUGGUGCCAGAGGCAGACGGAGGGCUACAAGAACGUCAGCGUGAAAGACCUCACCAUGUCCUGGAAGAGCGGGCUGGCGCUGUGCGCGCUCAUCCACAGAUACCGGCCCGAUCUCAUCGACUUCGACUCUCUGGACGAGCGAGACCAGGAGAGGAACAACCAGUUGGCGUUUGACGUGGCUGAGAGGGAAUUUGGCAUCUGUCCAUGCAUGACCGGCAAGGAGAUGUCUUCUGUGGUGGAGCCAGACAAGCUGUCCAUGGUCAUGUACCUCAGCCAGUUUUAUGAGAUGUUUAAGGACACAGUGCCACCUGGAGACAACCAAAACCUGAGUCCGGAGGAGCGGGCCGCACUGGUCGCAACCACCAAAUCCCCCAUAUCCUUCUUCAGCAAACUGGGUCAGAGCAUCGCCAUCUCCAGGAAACGGAACCCCAAAGACAAAAAGGAGAAGGAGGCCGACGGUUCCGGGAAAAGAAGGAAGACGAGUCAGUCUGAAGACGAAGACGCCUGCAGGCCCGCCCACGACGAGCGGCCGCCCGUCCCCGCCGGCCUGUCAGAGAGAAGGAUCGACUCCUCCGCCGGGGGCAACAACAACAACAAAGUGAAGGUCAUGGCCACCCAGCUGCUGGCCAAGUUCGAGGAGAACGCCCCCGCCCAACCUGCCGGACUGAAGAGACAGGGGGACUCCCUUCCCAAUCUGGACCGCCUUUCGCCCCCCUCCCCGCCGCGAGUCCCCGCGAGCGAGCCGGUGCGCCUGGCGCCCGUCCCGGCGUGGAGGAAGAGGCGGACGCAGCAGCAGGAGCAGCUGAGCUUCCGCUACAAAGAAAUGGUCAGGUGUCAGACACUCCCCCACGCGGGGGAACAGGCCAGAACUGUUGCAGACCAAGAGUCCGGCUUGAGCUCUCGGAGCUGCCCAAAGAAAACCAUUCUGCUCCCCUCUUCCUCCUCCACCUCCUCGCUCUCUCUGCACUCCGAGGAUCCAGCAAAGCCCCUGGACUCUGGCCAGAUGCCCGUUUAUGUGCUCAGUAUUCAGGAGAGGGCCGAACAGUUGGCCUCUAUGUUGGAGGGUAAACCCGCCAGACCCGAGCCCAAGAAAAAACCCUCGCGGUUUUUCAUGGAGCGUUGGCAUCUGGCCCGAGCCCAGAGUCCCCCCGAUUCCCCCCGCUGCCCCUCUGACGCCCUCAGACAGCAGUAUGUCAGGAUGUACACGGGGGGAGUCAGCUCUCUGGCUGAGCAGGUAACCUGCCAGCUUCAGUCUCAGGACCAUUUCCGGCCCACACAUGAACCCGAGAGGCAGGAUUCGGGCUCGCUCCGGAAAGAGUUCCCGGCGAACAUCGGAGGCAGCGACGUCUGCUUCUUCUGUCGGAAGCGGGUGUACGUGAUGGAGAGGCUGAGCGCAGAGGGGAAGUUCUUCCACCGCAGCUGCUUCCAGUGCGACUACUGCGGCACCACGCUGCGCCUGUCCUCCUACGCCUUCGACGUGGAGGACGGGAAGUUCUACUGCAAGCCUCACUACUGCUACCGCCUGUCCGGAUACGCUCAGAGGAAGCGGCCUGCUCCCUCCCCAGCUCCAGCCCCGGCCAAGUUUCAGGACCACCAGACUCCCCAAAGCGCCACGAUGGCCACAGAUGCCCCCGGAAGGGCGACCACGGCGGCGGCUCCCUCGGCUGAGCUCCAAGCCUCAGCGCCGGAGGUCAACGGCCUCCAGGAGCCCAGUUUGGCCAAAAAGCUGCGAGGAACGCCGGAGCGCAUCGAGCUGGAGAACUACCGACUGUCUCUGCAGCGGGAGGAGGAGCUGGAGGAGGUGCCGGAGGAGACGCUGGCUGAGCACAACCUGAGCAGCGUGCUGGACAAGGCCACGGACGCCGACCUGGGUUCCAGCAGCUCAGAGUCGGACAUGGAGGAGGAGGAUGAGCAGGAGGAGGAGGCGGAGGAGCAGCCUCCCGACCCGUCGGAUCUCGGCGGCGUUCCCUGGAAGGAGGCUGUGGAACUGUACGCCAAACUGAGGGGGGAGGAGUCAGAGGGCGAGGCUCUGGUGGACGCAAUCAGCAGAGAUGGUGACGUGGAUGAGGAGGAGGAGGAGGAUGUGGAGGAAGAAGAAGAGGAUGAGGAAGAGGAUGAAGAAACCAGCGAUGAGGGGGAUUACUGCCCCUGGAAUCAGGAGCUGCAGUCCGGCCUUUGGCUGGAGAAGUUCCUCAAAGAUGAGGAGGAUGUUGGUACCUUCAAAGCCAGGAAUCUGCACAUCCAACAAAUCCUGCAUCCCGUGGAUCCCAGCGGCGUUCCGCGUUCGCUGAGGUCCCGGCCGGACUCUUCGGGGGACGAGGAAGGCCGGCCGGCCUCGGCCUCUGACCUCGUGCACCCCUCCCCCACAGCCCGCGCCCACGCCUCCGCCCGGCACCAGGCCGUGAGGGUCUGGUUGGAGUCCCUGUCUGGAGAACCCUGCGAGGAUGAGGAGCUGGGGGCCGAAGCCGAGAGUCCAGACAUGGAGCCGUGCACGGAGCUGGAUCAGGUUCAUGAUUUCAAACCCAGUAAGGCGUCACCUGAUUGGUGUUUAUUUCCAGAGGAAAUCCCCUCCGAUGCUGAAGCCGAGGCGCGUUUGCAUCGGACCGAGCUCCAGGUUCCUCCUGAAGUCUGCGGAGAGGCAGGAAGUGUUGGAGGGCCCCCCAGUAUCGACUCGUCAAGCAUCGGUCCCAUGCAGGAGGAGGAGGAGGAGGAGGAGGACGCGGUUCCGCCUCCUCUCAGAGCAUCUCCAGAGCCUGAAGCCCAGGUGAGUCCAAUCAAGCGCUUCUUCUCAGACCCCUUCGUACCUGAGGACUCCUCGACGGAGAAGACAACCGAGUCUGUCAGCCCCCCACCUGCGCCGGCCCCCCCUCCUCCACUGGAUGUUGCUGCUUCUCCUGUCAACGUCCCCGACUCCUCUUCCUCACCUCCCGCCUCGGCCGCCAUGCCACCUGUUGCCUCUGCAGUGAAGCCCACUGAUGUCAGACCGGCAGCUAGAAGGCCCGGUACCUCAGCCAUCUGUUCCCAGCCCACCUCUCUGCCCGAGUCCAGGGCGUCCAUAUCUCCGGUCUACCCCCACCGCUCCAUUUGCCCCCUCACGGGUAACCCCCUCUCCCCGAUCUGCGCUCAGCCGCUGUCCUGCCACGAGCCGUCGUCCCCGCUCAGCGCCGGGUCCCCCGUCAGAACCCAGCCCGUCCCGGCGCUCGCCUCCACGCCGGCGACCGCGGCGGACAAGUCGGAGUCUUUCCGGUCGUCCGACUCCUCUUCAGAGGAGACGCCGUCCAAAAGGGCGGAUAUCAUCGAGGAGUUCUGGAUGAAGAGCGCCGAGAUCCGGAAGAGCCUCGGCCUGACCCCUCUGGACCGCAGCAGCAAGAUCUUUGACAGCAGCGCCGAGAACACUCCGCCUCAGGACCCCGCCCCCUCAAAGCCGCAGCCGUCACACGUAUGUGCGGGACAGAAGCCGGCUUCCGGCGGGCGAACCGUCAUCCGCCGGCUGAACAUCACCCUGGAGGGUCAGGUCAUCACUCCCAUCGCGCCCGCUGAAACCAGGAAGGAAGUCCGCUCCGGCGUGAACGGAAGCACCGCCCAAAAGGCUAACCGCUACGACACGUCAGACUCCAUCAUGCUCACCCCGCCCUCCAGCCCGCCGCCGCCUGUGCCCGCCAACCAGUCGCCCGCCGUGCUCCGGCAGCAGAGGAACCAGGUUUCCUGGAGCAACGGGACCAAAAAGCGUCCUCCGGAAAGCGCCAAGGAGGCCCCUCCCAGGAGCCCCGUCCCGACGCCUACGCCGGCCCCCAGGAAAGCCCCCUCCCCUCAGGCAGAGGCCCCUCCGGUGGUGGUGAUGAGAGAGAAGAAGAAGCCGCGGCAGGAACUAACCAGGAAAUCCUUUGUGGAGACCGUUGAGGAAAUCCCGUUUGCCGACGACGAGGAGGAAGCCUUCGACGAGCAAACGCUGCAUCAGGCCCCCGCCUCCAGCAGGCCCAGCAAGCCCCCGCUGCAUUUGGCGUUAGCCAUGGAAAACGGGAAACCCAGCGUCCCGGCCAACCCCGUUUCCAGGCCCCAGAGGGCCACUCAGUUCUCCGCAGAGGCCAAGGAGAUCGCCGAGGAGAGAAUCAAAGCCAGGGAGAAGUCCGUCAAGAGCCAGGCGUUAAAGGAAGCCAUGGACAAGCAGCUGGACAAGAUGAAAGAGGCGGAGACGGAAAAGGGGGCGUCACCCAAAGUCGCCUGGGGCGCCACUCCGGAUUCAACCGGGAAAUCGAAAAAGUCUCAGAAGAAUCCGGGGCCGCAGAAAGCUGAGACCGCACCCGAGCGUUUCUUCAGCAGCAACAAGAGUCUGGACAGCUCGGUGACGUCAUCGGAAAGCUCCUCGGCGAGCAAAAGCAAGAAGCGAAGCUCUCUGUUCUCGCCGCGCAAGAACAAGAAGGAGAAGAAAGCCAAGAACGACAGCAGCCGGCUCUCCGGGACGGACGAAACGCCCCCCAAACACAAGUCCCUGUGGAAGGCCGUCUUCUCCGGCUACAAGAAGGACAAGAAGAAGAAGGACAACAAGUCGUGUCCCAGCACGCCCUCCUCCAGCUCCACCACUCAGGACUCGGGGAAGAAGCGAGUGUCGCCACUCAGCAGGUCUUCAGACCUGAAGGCUGGCAGGAACCUGAGCGUCUCAGAGGACUCGGACCUGUCCUGUGACGACGUGCUGGAGAGGUCCUCCCAGAAAUCCAAAGCAGAUCUGCACACGGAUAUCUUUGACCUAGUGUCAGGCAUGCAGAAGGACGCGGUAAAGGAGGAAAAACUGGAAAAGGAGAGAAGAAAAGUGUUAAAGGAAAAGAAAAGGGCAAAAGAAGGGCAAAGGGAAAGGGAGACGGAGGUGCUAGGAGAAAAGGAGAAAGACAAGGAGUCUGUUUAUGUCCCUCAUGCACUGGCGUUCAAGAGAUCAUAUGCCACCAAGAAAACCUACACCGAGGAGGAGCUGAACGCCAAACUCACGCGCCGAGUCCAGAAAGCUGCACGCCGCCAGGCCAAGCAGGAGGAGCUGAAGAGGCUCCACAGGGCGCAGAUCAUCCAGAGACAGUUGGAGCAGGUGGAGGAGAAGCAGCGGCAGCUGGAGGAGAGGGGCGUGGCUGUGGAGAAAGCCCUGAGAGGAGAAGCAGGAGUGUAUAAAGACUAUUGGGGAGAUUCUAAUUACAGUGAAAUCCUGGACUUGCAUCUGGGCGUCGAGGCCUUUGUGGAGAUGCCUCGCCGGCGCCCGCUCUCCAUCUGCCCCUGCUGGUCCCCUGAAGGUAUGGGCAAGAAGGACGAUCCCAAGCUGAUGCAAGAGUGGUUCAAGCUGGUGCAGGAGAAGAACGCUCUGGUGCGCUACGAGUCAGAGCUGAUGAUUUUCGCCAGGGAGCUGGAGCUGGAGGACCGCCAGAGUCGGCUGCAGCAGGAGCUGAGGGAGCGCAUGGCCGUGGAAGACCACCUGAAAAGCGAGAAGGAGCUGGCGGAGGAGAAGCAGAUCCUGAACGAGAUGUUGGAGGUGGUGGAGCAGCGUGACGCCCUGGUGGCCCUCCUGGAGGAGCAGAGGCUGAGGGAGAAGGAGGAGGACAAGGACCUGGAGGCCGUGAUGCUCUCAAAGGGCUUCAACCUCAACUGGGCCUAAAACCAAACCGUUUUAGGGGGAAAAGGCUUCAACUGUUUUUUAGAACUCCAACAGUUAGUGUCUGUGAAACUGCAUUUCCCCGACAGCAGGGUGGAGAAGCUGCUUCAAGUUGAAGGUAAUCUGUUGGCGGAGAAGCCCCGCCUCUCACCUGAGGAGGAGCACGUGUGACAGGUGUGACUCUGGAAUAAUGCAGUUCAGUCCUGCUGAUGUAAGAGGAAUUGUAAAAACCACGUUUGUUGUGUAUUUUGGCGUUCAUAGUUGGGUUUUUUUACGUCUCUUGCCGUGGAAGGACUGUCCCCCGAGCCGCGUGACCUUCCCCUGCAGGACCCCCAUCUGCUGAAGCGGCCUUGCUUUCCAGGAAAACCUUUGACUUUCUGAGGAAACCACAGAAUCUAUUUUUCACUUUAACAGUCGACUCUCAAAGUUCAUGGAAAUUUGCCGUUUUUACGCGUCUGUGCUCAUCCUGAGCGCUUCGACCAGAAUGAAUGUUUCUCCCGAGGACCCACACACUACACAACACGCGCACAACAAGAGUGUUUCACUUCAUGGAGAAGAGGCCUUUUUUUCCCCCCUUCACAAGAAUCUGUUUUAUUGACACUUUUAUGCAGCAGGGGAAAAAAAGAAAUCCUCAUUUUGGUCUAAAAAAUAAAACCCAAGACCUUCGUAUUUAUGAUGCAUCAAACCCUGCAGGCACCGCCGUUUACGACUCGGGCAUAGCUGUGGGUAAAAACGUUACGGUCAUUUGUUGUUUUUAGAUGGCGUGCAAAGGUUGACAUGACUGUAUGAAUAUUUAUUAACAUGCGUGUGAAUUGUACUAUAUGUAAAGAAAAUGAAUCCUAAUUUUUAAAUGGUUUUGUUGACACACGAGCUGUAAUGUAAAAAAAAAAAAAAAGCUUCUUGUAGCUAAAAUACAUCAUAUAGGAGUGUUGGAUGUUUGCUGAAAAAGGUAAUAAAACAAUGCAGCUGUUUUUGAA